AUGGAAAGGGGCUCGGAUGGCACCCCGCCGCUGCUGUUGGCAGCAUCGAUCGGCCGCACUGAAGUAGUUAAGGUGCUUCUCGCUGCUGGAGUGGACCCCAAUCGGACACGAACCUCUGAUGGGCUGUUUCCUCUCUACGCUGCCGCCAGCGCAGGCCGUUUGGUCAUCGUGGAAGCACUGGUCGAUGCGAAAGUCAACGUGGAUGCGCGCAUGUUAGAGACCAAUCAGACAGCAAUCUUUGCCGCUGCUGGUGGCGAUCACGUGGACGUUCUGGAGGUGCUCAUCGGCGCAG